CAAAAAAUAAAAAACAACAACAUCACCGUAGUAAACAAAACGUUUUAGAAUAUUAGCAAACAAAAAAUCUAUUUUAUUUCAAAAAACGAGUACAAUUCAUAAAUAAGACUUUUUACAAAAUGUCCGAAAAUAAACAAAAGGGUGGCGGCGGCAACAAUGAUGGCAAAGAGAAACGUCGCAAAGAAUCUAUUUUGGACUUGUCCAAAUAUUUGGAAAAACAAAUACGCGUUAAAUUUGCCGGUGGUCGCGAAGCUUCGGGUAUACUUAAAGGCUAUGAUGCAUUGCUCAACUUAGUAUUGGACAAUACUAUUGAGUAUUUGCGAGAUCCUGAUGAACCAUUCAAACCCUCAGAGGAUACACGAAAUUUGGGUCUGGUGGUGUGUCGAGGUACAGCUUUAGUGCUGAUAUGUCCACAGGAUGGUGUUGAGGCUAUACCAAAUCCCUUUAUAACGCAAUAGUGGCGUAUUUUCUUUUAUUAAGAUUAAAAAAUUCUGUAAUUUUUUGUUUAAAUAUUUUACUUAAAAUUAAUAAAAAAUGUUAAUAAAUAAUUUAAUUAUUUUGAUAAUAAAAAAGUAGCAUGUAAAAUUUUCUAAAUACGACAACUUAAAAUACGUACUUUAUAAAUUACUAAUGAAAUGUAAAAUAUAUGAGUAUGAUUAUUUAAAUGAAUAUAACAAAAAUGUAUGUAUUUUAA